AUGGGGAUAAGAAAGGCAAUUUUGUCAACCAAAGAUGCUGCUCAUGCACCUUACAACUCCAUCACCUUGCCAAAAACUUUCAAACUUGAUUCCUUCGACUUUGAAGAUGAUCUCCACAACCUUAAUAGAAUUGAGGAUACGAAUCUAAAAAAUAACGAAGACAUAACUUUGCAAGAUGAAAUACCAGUGCGAGAAGAUCCUAUACUCAUUGGUGAGGACGUAGAUGAACCGGAAUUUAUGCUUGAUGUUGUCCAUGAUCAUCAUGAUCCCCUAUGGGAUGAUCAUGUAAUGGACCCUGAUGAUGAUUUGGAAGAACUAAUGACCAUGACCGACAACGGAACUGCAAAUCUGGAGGUGGAAGAAAUGUCAGAAAAUGAAGAACCACCUUCUGUUAUUUCCGCAGAUCAGGUUCAAGAAUUCACUAUUAAUCCACAUGAUAUAUCAUUUGGACAUCAAUCAGCUGAUCAUUUAGUACUUCAAUCAACACCAAAGCGAAUGAGAAAAAGACGAAAGCUACUCAUUGAUGCUGAAACACAACUUGAAAGUAAUAUGCAACUAGGUACAUUGAAACGUCGGAGAAAGAAUGCUCUUUUGUUUUUUUUGAUGAAUAGAUCGAAACUAAACAAGAAAAGUAGAAAAGAUGGAAUGUCAUUUGAGCCUUUAUUAAAUGGAUUAUGUGAUGAUCUUCGCAACAUCUGUAAGGAAGACAUCGUUUCGACGAAACUCAAGAUGGCUUCCUCACAGGCGGAGGAGGAGCAGGAUCAUGCUGAACCGAGUGAUGGAUAUUCCCCUCCACCUGGGAACGACAUAAAUUUGUUGUCAACGGAUGAUUUCACUCCUUCGACAUGUUACAAAGAGGAUACCAUUAUGUCUGACAUUCAUGAGUUUGAUAGUUCUGCUGAGGAUUUGAGUUUUCUGGAUCAAGAAGACAGGACUCCUUUUGGUGAGCAAGGAGGAACAACAGCGUUUGACACAUUACCUCUAAGAACAAGAACGGUGGCUCGAUUUUUGCAAGAAAAGUCACCCAUCUCAGAAGAUCUCAACCUAAACACAAUACUUCAAGGCAAAAACAAGAAAAUGUGUGUCCGAAUGUUUUAUGAGACUUUGGUGUUAAAGAAUUGUGGACUUGUCAAUGUGAGUCAAAAUGAAUCUUAUGGUGAUAUAACUUUAAAAGUUACUUCCAGAUUGAAGGAACAACUUUCAACCUCAAGUUUUUGA